AUGGCCAAUGUCACCUUGGUGUCAGGAUUCCUCCUGGUAGGGUUUUCUGAUGUCCUGGAGCUGCAGAUUUUAUAUGGUGUGCUCUUCCUAGUAAUUUACCUGGAAGCUGUAAUGAGUAACAUCCUCAUUGUCACUCUCAUAACCCUGGAUCUGCAACUCCGUACACCUAUGUACUUCUUCCUGAAGAACUUGUCCUCCUUGGACGUCUUCCUUGUGUCAGUCCCAAUCUCAAAAUUCAUUGUUAACUGCCUAACACAAAACUAUUCCAUUUCCAUUUUAGGGUGUGCAUUCCAACUACUUUUAAUGACUUCUUUCUCAGCAGGUGAGAUAUUUAUCCUCACAGCCAUGUCUUAUGACCGCUACAUAGCCAUCUGCUAUCAUUUACACUAUGAGGUCAUCAUGAAUGGCAGGGCUUGUUUGCUGAUGGCAAGUGCUUCCUGGGCCAUUGGAGGACUAUUUGGAGUUGUGGACACAGCUUGUAUAUUUUCCUCACCCUUCUGUGGCUUCAGUGUGAUCCCACAGUUUUUCUGUGAUGUUCCCUCAUUAUUAAGGAUUUCUAGCUCUGAAACAUUAGUGGUCAUUUAUGCAAGUAUUGGGUUUGGUAUGUUUGUAGCUAUAUCUUGCUUCAUCUAUAUUGUGAUCUCUUAUAUUUAUAUUUUCUCCACUGUGCUGAAGAUUCCCACCACAACAGGUCAGUCAAAAGCUUUCUCCACAUGCCUUCCCCAUCUCACAGUUUUUACUGUUUUUAUGGUAACUGCUUCUUUCGUUUAUCUCAAGCCAUCUUCAAAUUCACCCUCAGUUAUUGAAAAAUUGCUUUCUGUCCUCUACACUGUGAUACCGCCAAUCCUCAACCCUUUAAUCUACAGCCUUAGGAACAAGGAUAUGAAACAGGCUCUGAUGAGGUUGCUGUCAAAAACAUGCAAUUGA